AUGGCGACAGGAGCUCAAUCUGGAGGCUUACCUUCGGAUGCUGUGCCGAUCAGCUCUGGAACCUUGAGAGAGACGCGUCUCAGUUCGGUAGAUCGGGCACUAGGCUCAGUCAUCGCUUCUUUGGAGAAAGAGCAAGAGCUGAAGAAGGCUAUCAGAGAAGCUAUGGAACCCAUCGAGGAUAUAUCUAGACGAGCAGCGUCGACUCUGAACGACAUUCAUUCUGUCCACGGGAUGGAUCACAGAGCCAUCGCUCAACGGACGCUGGACCUCAUUGAGCAGGUACGACCUUUGUGGACGGGAGUUUCUACACUCAUCCCUGCUGGAGAAUUCUACCGAUACUCUUUCGCUGUAGGCCCAACACUGCGCACUCUCACGCAGCUGGUAGCCUAUGCGAUCUUCAUCAUUCAGGACGCUUUGGCUCCUUCACAUGAUGUUGCACGUCACCUCGGAGUCCAAGAGGACUCGGCGGAUGGUGUCAUUCUCACUGCGGACGACUAUCUGCAAGGAGUCAUAGGAGCAAUCAACGAGCUGCCUCGUCUUUCUGUCAAUGCUGUGACUGCCGGGAAUUAUCAUCUCCCCCUACGGAUCGCUAGCUUUGUCAACGAUGUCUUCGCUUCGUAUUCUCAGCUGAAUCUGCGAAAUGAUGUCCUUCGCCGCAAAUUUGACUCACUCAAGUACGAUCUGAAGAAGUGCGAAGACGUCAUUUACGACUUGACGUUACGAGGUCUGAACCCUCGCUCUGCGGAUGUCAGCUCGGCGCCUGUCUCGAGGACCUCUGCCCCGCUCGGUAAUACCGGGUCUUCUGCGUAA